AUGACUAAUAUUGUUUCAUUAGACCGGGAAAGACCAUAUAAGCAGCAGCAGCAGCAGCAACACCAGCGCCAUAGAAAACCUAAAGAACGAGCGCCAUCAGCAGAGAGCAGACAAAGACCAAAGAAAUUACUUACCACUUAUCACCACCACAGAAAAGACCAGAUUAACAGCAGCAGCAAGACCAUUAGCAAGACCAUCAGCAAGACCAACAGCAAUACCACCAGCAAGACCAUCAGAAAGACCAUCAGCAAGACCAUUAGCAAGACCAUUAGCAAGACCAUCAGCAAGACCAACAGCAAUACCACCAGCAAGACCAUCAGAAAGACCAUCAGCAAAUACCAGCAGCAAGCACCAUUAGCAACACCAGCAGCAAUGUCAGCACGGUAG